CACAAACUGGUUUAAUCGUAAAGUAAAAGAUCGGAAACUUGAGUGGAGACUCGAUCUCAGCUUUCAUUUACAGUUUAAUGUUGACUUUAGUAAGGAAUAUGAAUUGCAGUAUAGCGAAAGAAAAUAUUCAUUCUUUACUUAGCUAUGAGCGAUCACAAGAAUAUGACUUCAAGUGAUGUGUUUUAAUAGCGUAACUGAUCGCUCACGUAUUAACUUGGUGAAAGCUAAACGUUAUAAACAAGAAACAAAACGUGAAUACGAAUGAAAGUAUUUCCAAGAAAUAAUAAGGAUCAUAAAUACCUUACAGACAGGGCUUAUAUCGAAAAAUACGACAAUUAAUUCGCAGAACGCUAGCGGCUUGCAUAAUAUGGAGAAAUAUUUAGUCCGGUCCGGCAUGAGUUUGCAGCAGCUGGACACGUUAUCGGUAAUCCAUGUGACCGGCACAAAGGGAAAAGGCUCGACCUGUGCUUUCGUAGAAGCUAUACUCCGCAAUCAUGGCUUUCGCACAGGUUUCUACAGUUCGCCUCAUCUGGUCGCGGUUCGCGAACGAUUUCGCAUCAAUGCCAAACCCAUAAGCGAAAUGAAAUUUAUAAAUUAUUUUUGGCCAGUCUACAACAUGCUCAACCAGUUGAAGGAUAAUCCCAAUGAUAUGCCACCGUACUUCAAAUUCCUUACAAUAUUGAUGUUCCACAUUUUUAUCAAGGAAAAUGUCGAUGUGGCUAUAAUUGAGGUGGGUAUCGGUGGCGAGCUCGAUUGCACGAAUAUCGUGAGAAACAGCGUGUGCACAGGCAUUGCGAGGCUCGGACUGGAUCACACUUCCGUGCUGGGCAACACUCUCGAGUCCAUAGCCUUUCAAAAGUCAGGGAUCUUCAAGCCUGGGGCGCCGGCAUUUACCAUCCCACAGCCAAGAAAUGCGAUGUCGGUGCUACACAACCGAGCCGUCGAGAAGGGAUGCUCCUUGAGCAUUGUGCCCAAUCUACAAAGUUAUCCCUGGAAGAAGUCACAGCCCGUUCUAGGCAUUCCUUGUAAGGUUCAAAAUCAUAAUGCUUCAUUGGCUAUUCAGUUAGCCUCCAGUUGGAUGAUGAGGCACAAAAGACGUGGAAACAAUUGCUCGAAUACCUCCAAGUGUAUGACAAACGAUAACGAUGCUGACGUUUUCAACGCGACAAACAAUAACAAUUACUAUGUACUUGCGAACAAUAAUAAUAAUAGCCCAAAUACGAGUCUUUGCUUCGCAAAGGUUGCGACCGCCCUGGAAACAUGCAAGUGGCCCGGAAGAACGCAAUUCUUGCCUCGAGAAACGAUGGAUUUCUAUAUCGAUGGAGCACAUACUAUUGAAAGCAUUGAAACGUGCGUUUCGUGGUUUCGAGAUGUCACCGUAAAAACAGGAGAAAAGAGGAGAAAGUAUCUCAUCUUCAACAUAACGGGGGCAAGAGAUUCAGCUUCGCUACUGAAUCCUCUAAAACAGCUAGGAUUUAGUAAAGUCUUCUUCGUACCGAAUGUCACCGGCUUAACUACUAUCGCAGAUCAUAUCAAUGCCAAUAUCAAUAGCAAUAAAGAGAUAGAGAGAUGCCAACUUCAUGUGCAGAUAUGGGGGGAGAAUUCAGUUACAGCCAAUAGCGUUUACGAUGCUCUCAAAAUGAUCGACGGCCAGGUGAAUUCCAUGAGCGAUGGAUAUUGUAAGCCGCAAGUGCUAGUGACGGGAUCUUUGCAUCUAGUGGGAGCACUUCUCUCUAUCAUUGAUCCUAAUUUAAGCUUAUCUACCAAAUGCUGAUUACUCUAA